CCGAUAUGCCCUUUGAUGAGGAAGGAAAAACUAUUGACAUAAUUUUCAAUCCGCUGGGUAUUCCGACUCGGAUGAAUAUUGGUCAGUUAUUGGAAACAGUGCUAGCGUCGGCGGCCGAGAAACUUAAUACUAAACUCCUUUGUCGGCCUUUCAAUUCUCCUUCACCCCAAGCGAUUAAAGAAAUUAUUCAAGAAGCUGGCAUUAAAAAUUAUGGUGCUCAAAAAUUAUUUGAUGGUCAAACUGGUUUGCCUUUUCAACAAGACAUUUAUAAUGGCUAUAUCUAUACCAUUAAAUUAAAUCAUAUGGCCGCUGAUAAGUUCCAUGCCGGCCACGUUGGUGCGUAUUCGCUUAUUUCUCAACAACCAGUCAAGGGGCGUUCCCAAGGUGGUGGACAAAGGCUCGGAGAAAUGGAAAUAUGGGGAUUAUGA